GCGCUACCCGUAGUCGGAACGACAACAGGGGGAGGGGGGCACGGCAGAACAGCUUCGCAGCAGUUGUGGAUGGCGAUUUAACCGGAGCGAAACAGGAGCAGAUUCCCCUCCAGCAGAACCGAGGAACAGCAGCUGGUGUCGUGGCACGCAGAGCAGUGAGGCACCAUGGGCAACACAAGCGACAGAGUGUCCGCAGACCGCCAUGGGAAAGCCCAUCGCUCCGACAGCAGUGGCAGCCACAAGGACCAGGAGUCCAGCGGCAAGAUGGUGGAUAGCACAGAUGACCCCAACGUCUUCAACAUGCGUGGACCUGAGUCCAAGACUUCAGGAGAGAAAGAAUUCACCCCAGACCUGGAGGACCUGGUUAAAACCGGUCCCCAGGCCCGACCCACGGUUAUUCGCUGGGCUGGAGGGGGUAAAGAUGUCUAUAUAGCGGGUUCCUUCAACAACUGGAGCAACAAGAUCCCCCUAAAUAAGAGCCACAAUGACUUUGUAGCCAUUCUGGACCUGCCUGAAGGAGAGCACCAGUACAAGUUUUUUGUAGAUGGACAGUGGCUCCAUGAUCCCUCUGAGCCGGUGGUAACGAGCCAGCUUGGCACCAUCAACAACCUGAUCACGGUGAAGAAGUCCGACUUUGAGGUGUUUGACGCCCUGCAGGUGGACUCUCUGGAGUGCUCCGACACGUCAGACCUGUCCAGCUCCCCUCCAGGACCUUACGGCCAGGAGCAGUACAGCUUUAGACCGCAAGAGCACUUCAAAGCCCCGCCCAUCCUCCCUCCUCACCUGCUUCAAGUUAUUCUCAACAAAGACACCAACGUAUCGUGUGAUCCUGCCCUGCUGCCUGAACCCAACCACGUCAUGCUUAAUCACCUUUAUGCUCUUUCGAUAAAGGACGGCGUAAUGGUGCUGAGCGCUACGCACCGAUACAAGAAGAAAUACGUCACGUCUUUGCUUUACAAGCCCAUCUAAGCUGCUGCUCAUCUCCCUCCACAGUGCUCCUUUCUUUUCUUUUGUUUUUUUUUUAGAAAGAGGAGCGCGUUUGAAUCCGGCUGCUUUUGCUGGUUCCUCGUCACGUUUGGCCGAAUCAUGCAGGGAAACACGUUUACAAGCAAUUUUAACACGGGCUGCUCUGAGUGGAGGCUGCACUUCUGUCUACAUAGGGCUCUGUACAAAAGUAGGAGAAGUGUGUUUCAGGGAGAGAUUACCGUACUGUGGCUUUAACACCCAACGGCUACAAAUGAGACUGAAUCAGCUGCUGCGUGUUGUGAUUGUUGUUCAUGUAUAUUUGCAAAAAAAAAAAAAAAAAGAAAAGUCAUGUGUAACCGUUGUGUGGUAAAUGAUCGGUGAAUGAGCUGUGGUGGGAUGUUGGAUGUUACUGAUGCACUUCAGCUUCAGAGCUGUUACCUUUUACAUGCUUUAUCCGACUCGGUUACAUUUGUCCCCCCCCCCCCCCCCCCCUCCCUUUCCUGCAUGCAGAACGAAGUGUGACCUCCGUUGACAGACUCUUUUGGAUGUUUUCACUUUGAAGUGCAAUAAUGUUCCAUUAUAGCAGCUUUCAGAGCUGGAGGCACAACGUCCAGCUUUGUAGACUGCUUUCAUCAACUGAGCUGACCUGAAGACAAAGAAUCAAUUUCAGUUUAGCAAAAAAAAAAAAAAAAAAAAAAAAGGGUCCUUCUGUGUUGCAAAAGUAUGCAUAUUCCUUGAACUUUUCUUUUUUUUUUUUAUUUGGAACCACAAACUUUAAUGAAUUUUGGUGGGAUUUUAAGCGGUUGACCAACCAGAAUCUCUAAACCUUCAGGCAAGUUACCAAGAGCCCAUUAGCUCCUUUCCUUUCUUGCCCUGUUAGUUUAGGUGAACAGCCAUUUCUUUGUAUCUGGCAUUAGGUUUCAUCUCGUUAGCUGAUCCUCUGUGAGUUUAUUCAAAGCUUGGGAUGUAAUGUCACCGAACCCUUGCUUUAAACUUCCCUACGACUCCCAUGCUCCCUGGUCUUCGUGAGGUCGUUUCUUCACUGAAGUCCUCCAGCACACCAUUAUACUGAGAUUAAAUUACACACAAGUUCAUCAACUAGGUGACUUCUGAACACAGUUGGUUAUACAGGAUUUCAUUCAGGGGUAUCAAAGUAAAGGGGGAGGGGGGUUAAACGCCACCCUUUAAAAUUUUGUUUGGAAUAGACUUUUCAAAAGCAUUUCUUACUAUCCUUUCUCAAUUAUGCACUGAAUCCCGACGCAAUAGCUGCAUACAUGUGGUUGACAAAAUGUGGAAAAGUAUAAGCGAUAUGAAUACUUCUGCAAACCUCCAGGGCUGCUUCGACAGGAAAACUCGUAGAGAAUGUUGAUGAAUCCUCUGUGUUCAGUUUCUGUUGUUGCCUUUAAGGAGACUGGAGAUUGUGAGCACUUUACCAUCCUGUGAGCAGGAGUGUUGAUAUAAGAGUUUAACUAUGCAGCAUCACAUAGCCCUGGCCCCGUCGCUUCUAUGAUUAAAUGUUGUUGUUUUUAAGUUUGAUGAAUAGUUUGGUAUAUGAAAUAUGAAUGUAUGCGUUGCAGGUUGAGGAAAGAUUUCAACAGGCCUCUAAUUUUCAUUUCUACAGCCUGAAGGGACACCUUCAGAAACUGAUCACCACAUGAACUAACAGGGCUGUGAUAAGGAAUAGCUGCCAUAGAUGGAAAUGUACAUUUUAGUCACCUGUGUGUUGAAGAUCUGUAAAAAAUAUUGAAGUGUUUGUACUUGCCGUGCUGUUUUUUUUUUUUUUUUUUUUGGGGGGGGGGGGCUUAAUUAAUCAUCGGCACAUAUAAAAAAAAAGUGACUCUUAGAUCCUGUCAGUGUUCCCAUCGUAAGCCGAAAGCAUUCUCAGUGUUUUCAUCCAAGUUUAGAAGGCUUAGAGAAUCAACGAGGUUAAGUGCCAUGAAAGUAGAGUUUUAAAGCUAAAACCAAAACUUGAAUAUUUUUUGCAGCCCUUUUGUGAGCAUUGCAAAUAAAGACAGGACACUCCUAA